AUGACGACCUACUCAAAGACCAUACAGACCGAACGUCUCACCCUCCGCCUUGCGGACCCAAGUUCGGAUGAAGACUGUCUCCAGAUCAUCGAGAUCUACAACGACCCAGCAGCUUCCAUGGGUGGAAAUGCCAGAGUGGGAAUCAACACCAUCCAAGAGGUCCACGCCAAACACGCCGCUCACGGCCCUAGACCACACCUCUGUACCAAAGUUACUCCAAAUGGACUUUUCCAUCUCAUUUACCUCAAGUCCUCCCCAGAAACAUGCAUCGGGUUCAUCGGUCUCAGCUUCAGAAGGGAAAUGCCAUAUCCGGAUCUUGGAUACGCUCUCUUCCAGGACUACUGGGGCAGCGGAUAUGCCGCCGAAGCUGGGAGGGAAGCGACACGAUUCUGGAAAGAGGAAAUUGGAGUGGGUGAGAUGUUCAUCGGGACUCUGCCGCAUAAUGGGAGGAGUCAGAGGACUGCGGAGAGGAUUGGAUUUGUGCGGGGUGGAGGGUUUGGUAUUUGUUUUGGGGAUGAGACGACGGGUGCGGUCGAGAGGGUUGAUGGGGUGGCGUAUGUGUUGCCCGGCAUGGAAUGGGAAGAAUGGGAUGCUGAGACGGGGGAGAGGAGGGAGAUUCGGCCUACGGUUGGGACGGAGACGGAGGAGCAGAGGAAGAAUGGAUUGAGAGUUGGGUGA